CAUAGGAACUGCGCCAUGGCUGCCGCCGGCCAGGUCAAGGAGUACUUAGAGCCGCCGGCGGCAGCCCCAACCGAGUCCUCCGCACUUUCAGCACAGCCACCUGCACGGACCCACGGGAAGCACAACAAGUGUUCAGGCUAUCCGCAGAUCCCGAAGAACUCCCGCCUGUCGCGGUCCGUUCUCCGCUGGCUGCAGGGCAUGAACCUCAGCUUUUUCCCCAGGAACAUCAGCAGAGAUUUUUCAAAUGGCUUCCUGAUUGCAGAAAUACUCUGUACAUAUUACCCCUGGGACCUUAAAUUAUCAUACUUCAGAAAUGGAACUUCUUUAAAAGUCAAGUUGGAUAACUGGGCACAAUUAGAGAAGUUUCUGGCAAAAAAGAAACUUAAAUUACCUAAAGAACUAAUCCAUGGAACAAUUCAUUGUAAACCUGGAGUACCCGAAAUAUUGAUAGAAGAACUGUAUGCUUUGUUAACACAUCGAGAAACUAAAAGUAUCCAGGAGGACAUGCCAAAUUUCACAGACUACAGUUACCAGAUGCAUUUACCUCUGGUUCGCAGGUCUACAGCUUCAACAUCUAUUAAAAGUAACAUUAGGUUAACGGAAUUAAUGAGCAAUCCCAACAUGCUCAGCAAUGAACUUAAAGUAGAGUUCCUGUUACUUUUGCAAAUGCUACAAAGAAAAUUAAGCAGAAAAUUGAAUCCAGAGUGGUUUGAUGUGAAGCCAAACAUAGGAGAAAUUACUCUCAACCAUCUUCCUCCCAAGUUCUCUGGGUGUAGAUAUCCAAAAGUUUCAAAGGAGCCAGUUGCACCUUCAUGUCAGAGGAGGCAGGCAUUAAUCCAAGUUAGGCCCCAGCUGCUACUCCUGGACCCAUUUGAGUUUUGCUUCUGGUUUUCACACUGGCUUGCUUCUUUCCUCUUAUGGCUAAUUAGGUCUGACUGUGGAUGGGCAGGUCUUUGAGACUUUUAGGAAAAGGUGGAAAGCAGUGGCAGAGUCACAGCGUGGAUUUUUUUUCCUGUGUGAAAAAUAGAAGCACCAUACAAAAACUGCCUACUGCUGCUAUGUGAAUUGCUAAAAAAUAUUUCUCAUUUCUGUUAUUUUUUAGGAAAGUUUUCCAAGUUCAUAUGAAUACUGUAUUUAGAAAAACCGUAUUGCAUUAUUCAGAUACGGACUCCAAAUAAAAUGGAUUUUUGACUUUUUUUUUUGUUUUGUUUUUUGUUUUUUUUUGAGACCAUGUCUCCCUGUGCAGGCCACUCUUGACCUUGCUGUGUAGCCCAGGCUGGCCUCAGACUUCUGAUCCUCCUGCCUCUAACCUUUACAUUUUAAUAAUGUAUAACUGUAACUCCUCCAUUCUGUAUUCCCUUAGUACUCUUUCACAAUUUUUAUGCUUUUUAAAUUUUUUCUUUUAUUCCAGUGGCCUUUUCUUUCCUUUACAAAACAGUUAGAGAGUUUAUGAAAGGAAAACUUCAAUCCCUAAGAGCAGGAUGGGGCUGAGAGUUCACAUUUAUUGUUUUACUUCUCUCAGUCAUGUUCCAGAUAAUUGGAUUCUCUUAGUCUAGACACACAGGGAAUUAAUAGAUGGUAUGAAUUGGAUUUUGGUAAUUGUACAAAUGGGACAAUUUUGUUAAGCAUUAAAUAAUAUUUUUCUGAAUUUAUUAAAGGGAUUCUAUUUCUGUUGUUUCUGAUAAAAGAGCACAAUAAUUAGUUUAGUUACAUACCAUAAUUUGAAUGUUAAUAAGAGAUGUAAGAAUAAUUCACUGGAGAAAAUUUACUAUUCAAGGUUGCAUAUGAUAGCACUGAAAUCACAAACUGUUUUCUUGAAAGUCUUUUAACUACCAAAUAGAGUGGCCAAAAUGAACUGUAGCUCAUCAGUUUUGCUUUUACAAUGUUUUUAUCUCCUAAAUUCCGUAAUUUACUUACCUAAAUCUGCCUCUCAGAUUAGAACUGAGUGACCUAGAGUCUGAAUAUCUGGCUUGAAUGCCUCAGUGUAAUCAGAGUUCCAUAAACUAUGUUAUGAACCAUGUGUAUUUGCCAAAUCUGGGUUCAAAACUGUGCCACUGUUGCCUUAGCUGCUUUCUGAAGCAAUAUCUAAAAAUAAUUGAGUCUUAUUUGGUAUCACUUGCACCAAAAUAAGCCCUGGAUAUUUCUGGGCACUCUUGAUGACUUUUAGAGGUAGAUGACAUUCAGAUGAUUUUUAUCCAUGACUACUACACUGCAUGGCUUGAAUAAUUCCCAUUUACAGACAUUUAGUUAAAGCUGUGCUCAGCCUGUUGCCAAUCAUUCUGCAUAUAUUUAUAUUAUCAUAUAUUAUAUACAUUACUGCAUAAAUAUUUAAUAACAUGAAUUUAUUGUAAUUAAA